UGAAUGCAUCAAGCCCCAGCGGCUGGCAGAGUAAACAAAAGAUGUUCCCCCACUGAACGCUAUACGGGGCUUUUACUUUUGUAUAAACUAGUCACGAGAAGAAUAGUGAUUAUGGCAGUUGCAACAGUUGAAAGUACGACGUUAGAGAAGAUAAUAAGUUUCAUAAAUGACACAGGAUACAAGGAACUGAUGCAAAACUCUGCAAGAUUUAACGUGAGGAUUCGCAAAGACAGAAUAUAUCGGCAGCCAUACAUCGAUGGCCAAACAGGUGUGGCCCAGAGACAUUGUCACUUAUUUGUGAGUGACAGACAUCGUAUGCCAGGAAUUCUUCAGGGACAGGUAUACACUUAUCCAGCACGCAGAUGGAAGUCUCAGCGCCGCUCCUACCUUGGCUCACUCAUGCAGGCAACUGAUGCAGACCCAGAUGAACACACAAUCACCACUGUGGAAAAUCCAGCAGCAAUAGUCACUGCUGUAGAGGAACCUGUACCUCAGCCGGAUAAAGUUGUCAUGCCGCCUGAACAGUGGGCAACAUACUUUGAUGAAGGUCCAUUUGAGGAUGAGCUUGAAGAUGAAUUUGAGUCCGAGGAAGAUCUUGACGAUGAGACGUACAGCAGGAAGGGAUCCAAGCGAAAGAAGACACAGGUUGGAAGGAAACCAAAGCGAGGAGGCAAGAAGAAGGCGGCCCCCAAGACUCCAUCUAAGAUUCCAAAGAAUAUCAAGAAAGAUGACGAUGACCCCAGCAACAAACCGUACGGUUGUGAACUCUGUGGGAUGCGGUACAAGACGCGGCCCGGCCUAACUUACCACUAUGCCCACUCGCAUAAGGAGGAGAAGGAGGAGGAGGCUAAACCUAAAGCCCCUGCUAGACCUAACGAGCAAAUCCAAGCUAACGACCCCAUCCCAGACUACUUUCCUGGCCAGCUUCAGGCCUCGGCCACCCCACACUGGGGGCAGAACAGUUAUUACCAAGGUCGCAGUUCAGGCCGACGUGGGGGUGGAGUGGGCCAUGGAAGUGACUCUCUGAUGCCCUCGGCAGGCGGAGCCACAGUGGAGAGCCAGAGUGACAAAGGCAAGAAGAAAGUGUCAGCCUCCCCAUACUGUGACUUCUGCCUAGGAGAUGCUUCAGAGAACAGGAAGACUGGAGCUCCAGAGAGUCUGGUUUCAUGUGCUGACUGUGGGCGGUCAGGUCACCCCAGCUGCCUCCAGUUCACCUCUAACAUGAUGAAAAGUGUGGUCAAGUACCGAUGGCAGUGCAUUGAAUGCAAGACUUGCACUCUGUGUGGUACUUCAGAGAAUGAUGACCAGCUCCUGUUCUGCGAUGAUUGUGAUCGUGGCUACCACCUGUACUGCCUGGAUCCUCCGUUGUCUGAGCCGCCAGAAGGGGAGUGGUCCUGCUAUUUGUGUAUUCAGGAGUUCCAUGCCAAGUAAGUGGGGAGUAGAAGGGUAGCUUCCCAAUAAGAAAACUUAAUAUCCAGAGAUAUUUUUUACUUUGUAUUAUGUAUUUCAUUGAAUUUUUGGUGAAAGAAAUGUACUAUAGGAAACAAUAUGUAAUGACCUGUUGGUUAAUUAUUUGGUGUAACUUUAGAAAAUGGUAAGGAAAAUGCUUUUGAUGGAGCAUUUUUAUUGGUUAUAUUAUAAUUCAAUCAUAGGUGUAGUAAGUGCAGUGCACAAAAUGUAGAAUAUAAAACAUCUUUUCUUUACCACAAGAAAAGCAUUUGACAUAGUUUGUGUCAGCAAGCAUGGUUUUCAAAAGAAAGUGGUUGUAAUUCAUGCCUAGUUGUCAAUUCUCAGGGAGUGUGAGAAUUAGGGAGAAUGAUGAUAAUCUCCUAUUUGCCAUAAGAAACCAAGUUGAGUUAUUUUAAUGUUAUUAUGUAAUUUUGGUUGAUGGUUCAGUUCAGUUGUCAUGAAUAUUUUUUUUUUUUUUUUUUUUUUUUUGUGAAUGGCAGAGAUGUGUAGUAGUCAUAUGUGUAUCUUUUGUUAGUUUUGUAGUCUGGUAAUUGUGAGCUGAAGCCAAAGAGGAAAGCUCAAUGAUUAUCGGCAAUGUUGGCAGUAUUCUUUUGGCAGCAGCCUUUAGUUAUUUCAGGUUAGGUUUUUUAGAUCUUAGGUAGUUACUGUGGCAGUCAGUGGAUGACUGCAAAUGGGCAGCAGACAUCAUAGUAUGCUUCAUCUACUUAAGAAAACAAUAAACACAAGCACUUAAGAGACCACAUGAACUCUUUGGAAACAGAGGGAGUACUGGGUAUUUCACUUUGAAGCAUGUGUCAGUGGAGAUGCAGCUGUUAUUCUGGCAAGCCUGUAUUUUUUAAACAUUGUUAAUUUCUAGGAUCUGUCACUAUGUACACAUUUAUUUCAUGUUUUUUCCCUCUCUUAGGAUGUUCUUUCUUUUGAAUACUUUCUGUGGUGAUGUUCUCAGUGAAUUGUUCCUCAAUUGCAGGAACGUAACAGGUUUGAAUAAUGAUCAAAGUGUGGAAGUAUUGAUUCACUAAUCAAUCCACCGUGUGAGGGUGUAUGAUAGUAAUAUUAAGUUACUUGUUCACGAUUGUCUUCUGGCAGUAGCAUGAACGUAUUAGUGAUAGAUUUAUAUUUUCUAAUGGCAUACUUUGUUUUAGCCUCUCUAGAUUUUCUUUGAAGCUGAAUGAUUAAAGGAAUAGUCAAGGAGAAAGUGUUAAUAUUUCACAGGUAUCUUUUUGUAUUGGAAAAUAAUCCUUUUGAGCAUGUUAUUUCAGUUUGCUUGAUCAGUUGUUCAGUUGUCCUUCAUGAACAGUUGCUGCAUUUCCUGCACUAAUAAAUAGGGGAAUAGAGCACAAAACCUAACUGUUGUUCUGGCUAACAAAUGCUGCAGUAUUAUUGUUUUACACCAACACCUCACUCUUACAUCAUCAUUGUGUGGUGUUUUUCAUGUCAAAUGUUUCUAAAGAAAUACUUUUCUUAGCAGAAAUUUUAAAAUGAAAAAUGUCUUCAGAGCAAUAAUUGUGUGAGUGUUCCUUUGCUUAAAGAGAAUUAUCCAUCAUAGAAAAAGAAGUAGAGAUAUAUUGAAAAAUAGACCAAUUGAAUAUAUAAAUUGAAAUUAUAGUGAUGAUGAUAGUAAUAACAAUGCUGAUAAUAAUUACAAUAAGAAUAAUGUAAUAAUAAUAAUAAUAAUAAUAAUAAUAAUAAUAAGUGAUAAUUUGGUAAUGAUAGAAAAUUAUUAUAUCAUGAAAUCAUACUAUCUAGGGAAGAAUUGAGUCUUUAAAGAAAUUCCAACUAGUAAGUGACAUCACCCAGAAUUAUGAGUGGGAACAGUCUGAAAGUAAAGAAAAUAAUGAUGAAAAAAGAUCCUAUACCUGACAUUGUGCAUACUAAUGUUUAAAGAAAAAGGAAAUGAAGACUUGCCAGCAUUUCAAGAUAGUAAUCUGGGUAAGGCUUUGCACAUAGUAAGCUGAUGUGAUUGCCAGACCUAGCAGACUGUGUAAGUGGACAUUUACACAAAGUACUUAUCAUUGUAAAUACUAGUGUUAUGCUCAUUUCUGAAGUAUUGCCUUUCAACUUCACCUGAGAUUAACCAUGACAGUUUUUUAUACUAUGUCACAUUCAAAAUUUACUGAAUUGUAAUUUCCCAUAAGGCCCUAGUCUUCUCCAAACACCACCGAAGUACUGGGAGUGACUAAUUAGAUAUACUUUGUUCUAGUUUUGAUGUAAGUAUGAGAAGGUGUUCUAUUUUGUAUUUUAACUUAAUAUAUCUUUUGUAUUGUGUUAAUAUUUGCAUACCUCUACAGAUACAUAAAUUAUUUUUUAUUUUGAUAGCUUCAACUCACAGCAUGUAUAUUGUGUGUCACAAGUAGAAGGGUCCUUUGAGUUCAGUCAAACACCUUUUUUGCUUGGAUUAUCAUGAGUCUUUUUUUACUGGAUUCAUUUUGCACAAUCCAAAUAUGUGCCAAUUACAGUUGAGUCUAUCAUUACAUUUGUAUAACAAAAUAUGCACAAUAUCAAUACCUUUAGUAAGUUUGCCAUCAAGUUGUAGAACUGUAAAGCAUUUGUACUAACAAUGGGAAAUAUUCUCCUGUAUAAAUUCAUGAUGUAAUAUAUUAAUUAUUUAUCAUCAGCCAUUGAUGUUAUUGUAGAUAUGAUAAAAGUUUACAUGCUUCUUUCUGAAAAAUCCAAAAUAUAUAUGUAAAGAGUUUUAUAUGGAUGUAAAUAGAAAAAAAAAGAGAAAACUAUAGGGACAGUUCCUUCAUUGACACCCUAGAAAUCCAGUGUACUAAUGUUCAGCAAAUCAAAAUAUUGAAAUACUUGAUAGGGCAGGUUGACCCUUGUGACUGAUGCAGCCUGGCUGUGUUCAGAGCGUCCAAACAUGUUCCUACAACACCAGCAUCUUGUUCCUUUUGGCAAGAUUGAGUCCUUCAUACUGUAUUGUACUGCUCUUCCCAAUGUUUCUAAAAAGUAAUAGGUCCUUUAGUUUGGUCGAUAUUAUGAAGCAAGACUUGAUGCUCAUUUUAAAAGUUUAUAGAGAAAUUUCUCUUCAUAUCAAAGAUAAUUUUUUGUUUUGUGUGUUUGUGUAUGUGUGUGUGUAUUUUGUCUAGUUUUACCUAUAGUUGUAGUUUUACAGGGCCUGGGCUUUACGUUCGUGUGGCCCCGUCUCCAUAUCUACACUUAUCCAAUUUUUCUUUAAAACCGUGUGUGUGUGUGUGUGUGUGUGUGUGUGUGUGUGUGUGUGUGUGUGUGUGUCUACAUGCAUGUGUGUGAGUAUUUAUCUGAAUUUUUAUGGUAUCAAGAAAUGUUUCAAGAUUUCGACCUGUUCCUUAGGCUGUGUUUGUAAAGGAUGAAAUUUAAGGUCUUCUGUGUAGUGGAUGUCUAAAUGGAUGUUGAAUGCACUUAUUAUUCAGUUACACUUUCACUUGCAUCCAUUCCACAUUGUAAAGAGGUGGAUGAUAAGUUAAAGUAGAGUUGUCUGUCUCUCAUUCCUUUUACUCAGCAAGACAAAGGUUUACUGAAAGAAGACUUGACACAUCAUUGUAAGAAAUCUUGGCAGUAUAAUGCUUUAGUAUGUAUAAGAAUGUAGCUUUUAAAUAAGCAAAGAAGACUUUAGAUUUUGGCUCUAGAUAAGUCUGUUUUCUGUGUAUGUAGGAGACACAAUUAAGAUAAGGGAAUUCUUGGUUAAAAAUCUUGUGUUUGUCUGGUAGAUCACUUUUGUUUUGUAGAAAAAUUGAUGUGUUCAUAAGUGUGCCAUUUUUCACUUACUCCUCAGAAGGGUAGUUCCUCUUACAAACAAGUGUAUACGAAGACUGUCAGCUUUGCUGCAGUUAAACCUUUAAAUUUCUUUUGUUGAAAAUAAUUGAUUUAGAAUUUUUAUCUAUGCUUAAAGGUGUCUCCUUCAAUUUACUCUCAAAUAAAUAGGUCCAAUAUUGAUAACAUAAGGAAGUGUCCAUAUAUGUCUGUUGUACCCCUAACUAGUUAAGGCUGGUCUAGGAUGCACACUUUUAUCCCAUAGCCGACAAAUUCAGCUGCAGACGUGGUAUGUGGAGCAUGUUUAUCUUUUAGGCCAAGUGCAUGUCCCUCAAGGAUUAUGCCUCUUAGAUAUUGCAAAGUUCUCAGGUUACCUGCAUACAUACUACAAGUAAAAUGUCUCUUUGGUCUUAAGUGUGCUUCUUAGGAUUCAAGCCUGACUUCUUACCCUUCACUCUAGAUCUCACAAGUGUCAUCUAGGCUCCACAUGGCUGUUGAGCCAAACAUGUGUCUCCUAGGCCACACACAUUUUCACAAAGGUUUCUAUUAAGGAAAAUCAGGGUCAUUUAGAUUAAACAAUGUCUGAAGCUGUUCUCAUAGAACAUGGUGUAAAAAACUAACCAGUGUUUCACUUCUGUCUUAUAUCACCUCAUAAUAUUGCAAAGCAUGAAGACCGAAUCUCCUCACCUCCCAUUAUGAACAUGUAUCAGGGCAUGUACAGUUGUAUUAACCUAACUGUGGAAAGUCUUCUAUCUUGCUGCCAGUACCUGUCUGGUCUGGGAAGUUCAAUUGGGUGCAUUUAAAGAUAUAUUAUUAUGUAUUAGUAGUAGUAUUGUGUAUGUGCAUUUUCAUCAAAGCUUUGUCUUUUCUUUGGUAAUAUUUUGAUGGUGAAAAGAAAUGGUCCACAUCACAAAGCAAUCAUGUUAAGAUGUAUUGGAAGAAAUACAGAAUGAGGUUGCCUUUUCUAUAUAUUCUCAAAGGAAAAUAUACAUUGUCCAGGAUAUGCAGUUCCUUAUAUCACAUAAGAUUUAUAUGCUUUCUUACUUCAUCUUGAAAUAAUUUGAUGUUCAAGAUGUAAAGUUUAUAAUACAAUGUGAAAUACAAGUGGAAAAGGUGUUUGUAAGUAAUGUUUGGUUCCUUUUAAAACCUGCUAUUGCUAUGGAUGACUGUUUAGCGAGAAGCAACACUCACUGGAGUAGGAUUUAAUGAUUGAUUUUACUUGCUACAAUUAAAUAUUGAUAUUAUUCAAAGGAGAAGAGAUAAUUUAGUCAAGUUAUGUAUCUGAUACAAAAUUUUAGGGCUCUGUGGAUGUGGUGUCAAGUAUCCAUUAUAUCACUAAUGUAAUCAUUACGUAGAUGGGCCCCAAUGUAUUUUCUGAUGUACCAUGUCAUUAUUUUUAAUUGAAUUUUAAUGAAUAUCUCUUGGGACUGACUUUUGAUAUAUAAAUAGACCUUAAUGAAGGUCAUGUCCUAAAAGUUAAUUUGUGAAAAUUUACCAUAUACAUUGUAGUGGUGUGUGUUGAGGAGUGUGGCAGGAAGUAAGAUCAUAGAUAAAAUGCCAUUAAGAUAUUAAGAGAACUAGGAUGCUUGGUCAGUUUUGACAUAAAUUAGCUGCAGUGAGUGGGCUCUUGAGUCAGAUAGAUUUCUUCUGACAUUACUGCUGCAGUGCUUUUGUGUGUCCCCAUGCAGAUGAUGCAGCCACAGUGCCAUGAGCCAAACAACCAAACAACACAAAGAAUCAGGAAUAUAUGAAGAUGAGGCAGUGAUGGGUAGUGUUUUUUGUGUAGCUCUGUUCUCACACUGCUUUACUUCCCAUACUCAGAACUUUGGGAGAGUUUCAUCAACCAUGUUCUUCAUUACUUGAUUUGCCACUGGAACCAGCAGGCUUCAGUAUCUGUAUGUAAUUCAACCUUGUACUUUUAACAUGUGCUCUUUAUAUUCUUCUUUUUUUUUUUUUUUUUUUUAUACCAUGUUUAACCAUAGUUUCCCCUGCAUAAUGCACCUAGUUGAUUUGUAAUUGUAAAAGCAGUAUCUUGUGAAACUAGGAACACAGACAGGUAGAUGAAUGCACAAAUAGACAAUUAGUAGUACUUAUUUUCCCCUGUAGAUAUUUGCUUCACUUCUGUUUAUUUGCUAAGAACAUAAUUAAAACAAACAUGGAGUUAGAAGUUACAUUAUGUUCACAUUCACUACUGAACCAUCUUGGGUUUACUAUCGGUGCUGGCGUUUGCUCUCUGGUUUAUUUGUUAUACAGAGAACUGUAAUGUAUGAAACACAAAAGUGAGCGCUGCCAUUCAUAUCUUUUUUGACCUUGUCUCAUUGAAAACAUUUAUUUACAUGCCUUCGUAUUGUCACAUUUUUCCUGUCUUUUUUUGGGGGAGGGAGUGCACUAUUUGAUAUAUGAGUGUGUAUUAUCAGUAGCACAACUGGGGUAGGAUGUAGAGUGAAUUUCUGAGGAUCCAAUGAAGUAGACAUUGAGAGAACAAAAUUACGUGUAACUACACCAUCAAGUAACUGCUACUUAUCCAUGUAAACACAGAUCCUUUUGUCCAAGAACAUGAUAUCCAGAGGAACUCCUUAAAGAGGUUUGUACAGUUGUUCCUGCCCACACACCAUAUAUCUGGCACAAAGUAAUCAACACACACACACACACACUCUCUCUCUCUCUCUCUCUCUCUCUCUCUCUCUCUCUCUCUCUCUCUCUCUCUCUCUCUCUCUCUCUCUCUCUCUCUCUCUCUCUCUCUCUCUCUCUCUCUCUCUCUCUCUCUCUCUCUCUCUCUCUCUCUCUCUCUCUCUCUCUCUCUCUCUCUCUCUCUCUCUCUCUCUCUCUCUCUCUCUCUCUCUGAUCUUUGUCUCAGCUAUUCAGCAUCUGUUGUACAGUUCACAACAUCUAUGUAUGCUACCUCUUGUCAUUAAUUUCCCAUUGAUUCCAUUAAAGUGAGCUCAUGGAGCUCUCAUGGUACCAUGUAUUACCUCAUUACUACCCUUCAGCUCAUCACCUGUCUCAAACUAGAGAUACUAUGAAUUAAUUUAGUUUUACAGUCCAUACUGUUCACAAGUCAGUAGAUCCAACAAUAUUGAUUCCCUCUGCUUUGGUCGUAGAUCUUUGAUCUUCAUUCCAUUUCCAUGUAGGGUCUAUAUCAUAUCCCUGGUUUGCAAGGUUUCUUGUCUUGUCAUACUUAUUUAUAUUCAAAUUUGUUUCUUAUUUAAAAGGAUAUUUAGCUUCAUUACAGACAGUUAUGGUAAUGAAUUUAUACCUUAUGUGGAUGUGAAGUUAUUACCACCUAUUAUGAAAGAUAUCAUUAGUUCUAAUUUCUUACAUUUCUUCCAGCUUAUACUCUUUACAAAUUAUUUUGAACUAAUUUACCAAUUUUGAAAGUAAUUUCCUACAAUCAGAAAUGUUCCCUAAAAAACAAUGCUCAAAUUCCUUUUAAUAUCAAUAACCCAUGUUUCUAAUCCUUGCUUUAAGUUGUCUUACAACUCCUGUUCUUACAACUUGCUUUGUUUCCCUUAAGGUCAUGACACAAGCCAUUUUUUGGUUCCCUGUAGGAAGUGCACACACACACACACACACACACACACACACACACACACACACACACACACACACACACACACACACACACACACACACACACACACACACACACACACACACACACACAAAC